CCCCUCCCCGUCCUCCCUCUUCUUCACACCACUCACAGCUCACAGGUCCUCCCCCUCCUCCUCCCGGGCUGCCAUUGCUGCCGCCCGGCCAGCUGAUUCAAGAUGCCGACCAUCAUCGUCUCGGUGGACCUGGAAUGCAGCCGCUGCCGUGCCAAGAUCGAGAAGGUGCUCAACAGGAUCCAAGAGAAGGGUGAGUUCUGCAUCGACGACAUCGACUUGGACGAGAAGAGCAACAAGGUGAAGGUGACGGGGCCCUUCGACCCGGACAAGCUCGCCGACAAGCUGUGCUGCAAGGCGUGCAAGAUCAUCAAGCAGAUCGAGAUCGUGGAGCCGCCGCCGCCGCCGCCGGAGAAGCCCAAGAAGGAGGAACCCGCCCCGCCGCCGCCGAAGAAGAAGGAGGAGCCGGCCCCGCCGCCGCCGGCGAAGGUCGAGCCGCCACCGAAGGAGAAGCCCCCGCCACCAGCACCGAAGGAGGAGCCAAAGCCCGCCCCGGCGCCGGCGCCGCCGCCCAAGGUGGUGGAGGUCCCCUACCCGUGGCCGUACCCGUGCCCGUACCCGUACCCGGCGUGGCCGUCCGACUGCUGCUGCCACCACGGGCACGGCGGCUGCCACUGCUGCUCCUGCGGCAAGGCCCCCGAGGCCCCGGCGCCGCCCCCGAUGCCGCAGUACGUGCCCCAGCCGUACCCCUGCGGCGGCGGCGGCGGCUACCGGAUCGUCUGCGAUGAGGACCCCUCCUACGCCUGCGCCAUCAUGUGAUUCAUUGUCCCGUUACGCGCCCACAACCCACCACACCAGUGUCAGUCAUCUCGUCAUGCCGUGCCGUGCCGUGCCUCCCGUAUAAUCGCCGUACAGAUUCAUCAUACACACACACACACUCAUAUUAUAUAUAUAUACACAGCAUCAUGUAUACCGUACGUACGUCCGUACCUGUACCGUCUCCUUAGCUUGCGUGUUAUGUUGUGCUUCAAUUAAGUACGGAGUAUCAUAUAGUAGUACAUAUAUGUUAGGCAAAGUGAGAGAAUAAAAUAAGCGAUGAUGAUGUUGGUUUUCCGUGUAUAAAGAAGAAGAAAAAAAAAAAGACAAGGCGAGAGUGAGAGAGUUGGCGUGUUGGUGGCAGCAGAAAUGUCAAUUUUGCGCAGCAGCCUCCCUUUCUUU